AUGGCCCUUGAGAAUAACGAAUCUCCUCAUUCCACUUCACUAUCUCCACCAAACCCUAAUCCGCAACCCACGAAUGCGAAUCCGUCUCACAAGAGGAAAGCAGGUAGAAAGAAAUUUAGGGAGACACGGCACCCAGUGUAUAGGGGUGUACGCCAGAGAAACGGAAACAAAUGGGUGUGUGAAAUUAGGGAACCAAUAAAGAAAUCAAGGAUUUGGGUAGGCACAUACUCUACACCUGAAAUGGCUGCUAGGGCACAUGACGUGGCUGUCUUAGCCCUUAAUGGCAUUUCUGCAAAGUUCAAUUUCCCGGAUUCAGUUUCCCUUCUCCCCCUUGCCAAGUCUUGUUCUGCUGUAGAUAUAAGGCAAGCAGCAAAAGCUGCUACUAUUGAUGGUGCUUUCACACCAAACACUGUUUUUUCUUCUUCUUCUGAUGGUAAUGGGAAUGCUGAAGACACUUGUUUGAACAUCAGUAAGCUGCACUAUAAUGAAUCUGAAACAGUGUUCUUUGAUGAGGAGGCACUGUAUAACAUGCCAGGUCUGUUGGAUAGCAUGGCAGAGGGAUUGCUUAUUACCCCGCCCUCUACCAACAUAGCACUGGAUUGGGACAAUAUUGGUUCUGAAAUAGACCUUUCUCUGUGGACUAACUAA